AUGACUCUUUACGACGUUCUAAUCAUCGGCGGCGGCCCAGCCGGCCUAUCAGUAGCAACCGGCCUCGCCCGUCAACUAUACCGCGCAGUCGUCUUCGACUCGGGUGUUUACCGCAAUGCCUUGUCCAACCAUAUGCAUAACGUAGCUACAUGGGAUCACAGUUCACCUGCCGAGUUCCGUCGCGAAGCUCGUGAGCGUAUCCUGGCCCGCUACGAUACUAUUCAAUUCGAGAAUAUCGAGAUCAAGGACGUCCAAAAGACCUCUGAUGGUUACUUCAAGGCAUUCGAUGCCCUUGAUCGUGUCUGGACAGGCCGCAAACUGGUCCUAGCCAAUGGUGUCCGUGAUAUUUUCCCAGACAUUGAUGGGUAUAAAGAGUGUUGGGGGAGAGGCAUAUUCCACUGUCUUUUUUGCCACGGAUAUGAAGAACGUGGUUGUGCUUCUGCGGGAUUGCUCGCCGUUGGCGAUGUUGCUAAUCCUAUGGUAGCCAUGCACUUUGCCCGUAUGGCUAAGCGAUUCGCUAGUACAGUGACUUUGUACACUGAUGGUGCUGAGGAGCUUGCACAAACUCUGCAGGAAUCAACUCGGGGAACGGGGAUUAAAGUUAACAAGAAAAAGAUCUCCAAGCUAGUUAAAGGACACGGUGCAUCCGAUGUACACGUCAUAUUCGAGGAUGGCACGCAAGUAACAGAAGGCUUUCUGACCCAUAAGCCCAAGACUGAGAUUAAUGGUCCUUUUGCUGAGCAACUCGGGCUGCAGCUGACACCUACCGGAGACCUCGAAGCUACGGCACCGUUCUAUAGCACCUCUGUUCCGGGUGUGUUUGCUGCGGGUGACUGUGCUUCUCCUGUGAAGGUCGUCGCAACGGCUAUGUCAUCGGGGGUAUUGGUGGCUGGAGGAUUGGUGGGGCAGUUGCAGGAUGAACUGUGCCUGGUGAGCGCGAAUGAAUGA